AUGGCCGUCUUUGUGACAGCUUGUCUUGUCCAUCUGGUGGCAGCCCACCUCGAGUGGGGACCAGCCGUGGAACUCACCGAUGUGUUCGGUAGCAACUCGCCAGCCGGCAUGGGUCUCCGUGACCAUGAGUCGGGGCACUCGUAUGUCGUUGUGGGCCAGAGCGGGAAGAUUGCGUCGUCGCUGAAGGCCGUCUCAGGCAUGCACAAUGCUGAGUUGGCCAAGGCUGAGUUUGUGCCCUUGGCUAGCAGUGUCGAGUCCAUCGUCCGCGUUGCUGCCGGGUCGGCCAACGUCGCUGCGGUUGCAAAUAUUUUGCCACUCCAUGUGGCCGGCUCGCUCGACCACAUUUGCGGGCCCGGGUGCACGGGCAGGCUUCAACUGUUUCCCUUUUCCAAGGACGCCAUGGUGCCGUCGCUUCGCCUUCCGGUGGCAUCUGCGCCGGCUCAGAUCACGCUCUCCGCCGAGCUCCUCGUCCAGAUUCAUUCCGGCAACGUGUCGCACUGGGACGAUGACCGGCUGGUGGAGCUCAAUGGUGGCGCCGGAUCGGCGUAUGCCACUGCUAUCGCCUCGCUCUCUGACGGCACCAUUGCAGUCCACUGCACCAGCGCGGCAUCGACGGCAAUGGAGAUCCUCCGCCAGCUUGCUGUUGAGCUUGGCAUCGACUGGAACGACGGCGGCGGAUGUACUCGGGUCCACGCCACCUGCCUCCAGGCUGCACAGGCGGUGUUUGUGACGACGGGACGCGGAGCGAUCGCGCUCGUCUCGCAAUCUGAGACGCGGAUGCUUCCGCUUUCGAGUGGUGUGGCGCUCAUGCCGCACCUCCAUGACAACCUCGGAUCGGCGGUGGUGUUCACCGAGGAGGCAGCGACUAUGGCGGAUCUCGAGAGAAUUUCUGUGGUGGCCCCGGAGUCGAUGGUAUGGGACGGGACGCGGUGGCCGCUGAUUGUAGUGGAGUGGAUGGUCAUGCUCAAGUCAUCGGCGGGCGCGGGAGUGAGCGGAAGUCUUGCAGCGACGGACUGCGCGGCAUGGGAGGGCCUUGUGGAGGAUCUCUUCUACGUCACCGACAACCACGGGGUACAGGAACUGCUUCAGGCGACACAGGGACUCGAGUUCGCGUCGUUGACGCAACUGGGCCUGCUGCGGGAGGCGUCAGUGAGCGCCGAGUGCGGCGGCAAGCGGGCGCUGCAGUCGAACGGCAUUGUGUUUGGAGCCGGAGCAUCGUUCCCCAAGGCGCUGUAUGCGGUGUGGAUGCUUGCUUUUGGUCUCCAGCAUCCUUCGGCGCCCCGGCUCGAGUACUCCGCGGUGGGAUCUGGGUCGGGUAAGCGGGCGAUUGUGGCAGAGCAGAUUGUGUUUGCCGGUUCUGACUCUGCAUUGUCCGAUGAGCAGCUACAGGCGCGGGGCGACCUUGUGAUGCUCCCAUCCGGAGUGGGUGCUGUGGUGACGCCUGUGCACAUCGAGCUGCUACCCGGGGCUCCGACUGUUCCGCUUGUGCUGUCGCGUGCGGCAGUGGCGGACAUAUUUAUGGGGCGGAUCUCGCGGUGGGACGAUAGUGUCAUUGCAGGACUCAAUCCUGCGCUGGCGGACUACCUGCCGAGCGCGGCAAUCACUGUUGUGGUGCGGUCGGACAAGUCUGGGACGACGUCGAUUUUCACGGCGGCACUAAGCUCGUUCUCACCAACGUGGGCGAGUGACGGCCCGGGCGAGACAUCGUACACAGAUGCAUGGGCGCCGGGGAGCAUGGCGCAGGAGGGCAACACCGGGGUGGCGCUGGCGGUGCUCAACACGGCCAACUCCAUCGGGUACGUAGUGCUCGACGUUGCGAUCCAGUACGAGAUGGACAUGCCUCUGCUGGUGAACAAGGCCGGCAACUUGGUGGCGCCGACGCUCGAGUCGCUGUCCGCGGCUGCGGGCGAGGCAGCAUCGGCGAGUGCCAGCAAGCCGGCGCUGCCGUUUGUCAAAUCCGUGGUGGACUCGAAGAUUAGCAACGCGUGGCCGAUUGCGGGCUUCACAUACCUUUUGGUGCCGACGCGGAGCUCGCAGUCGUGCGAGCAGCUCAAGGCUGUGCUGGAGUACUACAAGUGGACACUGAGCUCUGUGACUGCGGCUAUGCUUGCCGAGUCGAUUGGGUUUGCGCCGAUUUCAGAUGCAGGGCUUCGAAGCGCGAUCGAGAAGGUUGUGGACGGCGUGACGUGCGGCGGGAUGCGGCUGUUGUCGCCGUGUGGUGUGGGCAAGUACCUUGACGCGAGCAGUGGUGAGUGCAUGUUGUGUGCGAACGGGACAUACUCGUCUGCGAUGACCGACUUUAUGUGUGUGGGAUGCGACGCCGGAUGGGUUGCGUCGGCGGGCUCUGGAUCGUGCGACAUCUGUCCGGUGGACACGUACACGUCUGCGGACGGCGGGCAGUGUCUCGAGUGCCCGGCAUUCUCACGUGCUCUCCAGGCCGGAUCACACUCGAUCGCGUCUUGCGCAUGUGUGAGCGGGCGGUGGCGAUCGCCGGUCGCAGAUGCGAUGAUCGACGAGCUUGGCGAGAUUGGAGUAGGGAGGAGCUCGAUCGAGCUGUGCCUGGCGUGCCCGGCCAACUCGGAGUGUUCUGGCGGCGAUGCGCCGCCAUCGACGCGGCCCGGCUACUGGGCGAGCGACGAUGACGCAUACACGGUGCUGCGAUGCGAGCCGGCGGAGGUGUGCACGGGUGGCUCGCAGUGUCGGGCGGGUCACACGGGAACGAUGUGUGCGACAUGCCUAGAGGGAUACUACACGGUGGACGGUCUGUGUGUCAAGUGUCCACGGCAUGUAACUCGGCGGCUUGUUGUGAUGGUGAUGCUGAUGGUAAUGAUCAUGCUGAUGCCUGUGCUCACACCGCAGCACCGGCUGAUGACGAUGCAGGUUGCGCCGAUCACGGCCAACUUUGCACAGGUUCUUGCGGCACUGACGACGCUUCAGCUGCGGUGGCACCCCGGGCUGGCGUUUAUGAUGCGGAUGCUUUCACCUGUGCACUGGAUCAACAUUGCGGCACCGCCCGAGUGUGCGCUGGAGCAGUCGUUCUAUCUGUCAUGGGGCAUUCGUGUGCUGCUCCCGCUCGCGAUGUUUGGGCUUGUGCUGCUCGCGCUUUUUGUUGUGCUGGCUGUGCGGUUUGUGGCGCACGUGAUGUAUGUGUGCUCUGCAAGUGUAGUUGCCGGCGGACGGCUGGAGCGUCACUGCGUCGGCGUGCUCGUUCUUUGUGUUUUCUCGCAGACGCCACUCGAGUACUUUAACUGCUUCAAGGGAGCGGGCGGGCUGUGGUACCUGCAAGCGGACCCAUCGGAAGUGUGCUAUGAGGGUCAGUGGAUGCGGUACCUACCGCUUGCAGUGUUUGUUGUCCUGACGCACCUUGUGAUGUUCCCUGUGAUCAUGGGCGUUGCGCUGUUCCUCGCGCGGAAGGAGCGGCGGCGGGAUUCUAUCGGGUUCCAGUCGUUCUUUGGAUUCCUGUAUCUGCGGUACACGCCGCGGUACUGGUGGUGGGAGUUUGUGGUGCUGAUGCGCAAGCUGUCGACGUUUUGUCUGGCGAUGUUCCUGUUUACCUCGCCUGUGCUUGCCGCGGCCCUGAUCAGCAUCGUGCAGGUUGUGUAUCUUGUGGCGCACGUGUCGUACGUGCCGUACAUCAUGCCUGGGACGAACAUGAUCGAGGUGUGGCUGUGCGUGACCGUGGUUGUGUUUGCGGUCUUUGGGGUGUUCUUUGCGCCCGUGUUCGAUAGCGAAGGCGCUGUGAAGCGGCGGACGCUGUCUGGGUGUCUCGGGCUUGUGCUUGUCGCGGCGUACCUGUUCCUGGGAAUGAUGUUUGUGGUGGAGUCGCUGCGGGCAUGGAGCGUGGUGCGGAAGCGGGCGUACCAUAUUCUCACACGGCCGUGGCGAUGGAUGCGUGCCCCAACGGCGCAUACGCGGCUGGUGUACCACCGCCACCCGGACCCGCUGAUCAACUCGCGCGUUGUGCAUGCACGCGAGCUGGCACCGUCGCUGGCGACGUAUCUAGAGAUCCGUGACCCCGAAGCAGUGGCAGACUUUGUCACACCGGGAGAUGAUAUGGAUGCGGAGCUGACGGCCAACCUACUGCACGUGAACAACUCGCUGCUCAACCUCUUUGACGUCCAUGGCUCACUGCCAAGGCCACCUGCUGGGUCAAGCGUGGUGAUGACGGAUGCCGAGUCGCAGAGGACGCGCAUCACGACCCGAAGCCCAUCGGUCAAGUCGUAUCAGACCACAUAUCGCGGGGCAUCAGAUGGAGCCUCGGGUGUGGAGAUGGACGAUGUGAUGUCCGAUGCCCAGGCUACCGAGUUGCAAAUGUCUGGUCCGUCUUUCGUGGCAGUGUCGACGUCUGACGUGCCCAAGUCGAGCCUAACUCGCUCGCUGCCUGCACCCGAGCGGCCGCACAACAUGCCAUCACUUCUGCGACUCAUUGAUGCUGUAAGUACGUCUGAUGCCCGCGGAACGUCAGGAGGCUCAUCCACAGACACGGACCUUGUUUCGCGCCAGAUUCAGCGUGUCCACUCGGCUGGCAUGACUGCGAACACCGUUGGCACGUGGAUCACCGACCCGGAUUGGUUCAACUGGCGGCGUUCGGGUGUGGUGCAGCGCGGGCGAUCGAACAUCAUGUCGUCUGACAGCCAUGCGCAAAUUGCGGUGGCGAGGGUCAUCUCGAUCGAAUACUCGGAGCAGCUGUCAUCGUCGACGUCUUCCAGCGGCGAAGUCUCGCCGGGAUCUGACAUCGCUUUGGUCGAGCGACCAAACAAGCCUAUCUCGGCGCAAGCCAGGCGUCGGAUCUCGUCGGGCGACUUUUCGAUGGUCAUGACCAAUGCCGAGCUGCUGCGGAUGAAGGCGCCCAAGUCGCCUCCGAUGACUCCGGGCACUGAGGCUAGGUCCGACAUUGGGGCGACCGAGGUGAGAUCAGCAUCGGGGCGUACUCGUUCGCUCGGCAAGCCGCCAUCGGGACUGGCAAGUCGGCGGAAUACUAGCAUUUCAAACAUUCUGAAGGCACAGCAGCGGCUUGUCCCCAAGGCCUCGUCUGGAAACUCGACAUCAUCGGCCACCGACUCGGGCUCGGACUUGGCCGGCAACGGUGCCGAUUCUGUCUCGGUCCCUCGAUCGGCGACAGAGUCACAAACACCCGAUGCCACACACUCGGAGCUGCCGCCACAGUCCCGGGUGCAGGAGCCCUCGCAGACACGGACGUCAUCAUCAUCAUCAUCGUCGUCGUCUUCACUUCUUCUCUCGUCAUCGACCUCGACCUCGACCUCGUCAUUGUAG